GCUUGGGGACGGUCCUUCAAAGCCGAUAGACCCGAUAGAGGAGUGGAGAAAAAGCAGCCCAAGAUUAGCUCCAUCUUAACACUGGCUUUGGGUCAGCAUUCAUUUCGGAGUUUAAACGUUUGGCUUUUUGUUAUUUGUUUCAAGCCAUUAACCUUGUUAGCAUCUCCACUGGCUCUUGGCUGGGCAAUUACGUGGCUGUUAGUGGGCAGAUGGGGCUGCACUCGAGUGAGCCAUAUCUGGAUUUUGAGCUCGGCAAGAACUCCACUGGGCCCGCGGCUUGUUUACCUUUUGUAACGGGCAUGCGUUUGGCCGUAAAACCACUGGAUCUUCAAAGGCGCCAAGGCUGCCACACAUCAUCAACAGUCAACAUGCUGCACAAUGCUUUCUUGGAGCUCUCAGUUGGGUUGAGGCAACUCCAGCUCCAUCGGUGACUAACGACCCGACCGCAAGUAUGCAAACCCGACGACGGAGUGCGGGCUGUUACAUUAACCCCAUUCGCAACCGGGGAGGAGGGGCCACCUGCCUCGGAGCUUAGCGGUACUCCUGGGUACUUGAAGAAACCCUUAAAGUCUAUAAUCAAUAAUAUUUGGGGGAUUUUUCGCUUAGGUAUGCUACCAAAUCGAUUAUGCGUUAGCCGUCUAAUAGAUAUGAUAAGGCUAUGAUUUUUGGCUAUAAAAGCACAGGCUUUUCCUCCACCCAACAUCAGUUUCUGAAAAUUACCAAACAUGAAGACCUUCAUCGUUCUGAUUGCCCUGGCUCUGGCCGCUCCCGCCUUCGGUCGCACCUUCGACCGCUGCUCCCUGGCCAAGGAGAUGUCCGCCCUGGGCGUUCCCCGCGACCAGCUGGCCCGCUGGACCUGCAUUGCCCAGCAUGAGAGUGGCUUCCGCACCAACGUUGUCGGCGCCACCAACUCGAACGGCUCCAACGACUACGGCAUCUUCCAGAUCAACAACUACUACUGGUGCGCUCCCCCCAGCGGUCGCUUCUCCUACAACGAGUGCGGCCUGAGCUGCAACGCCCUCCUCACCGACGACAUCACCCACUCCGUCCGCUGCGCCCAGAAGGUCCUCAGCCAGCAGGGCUGGUCCGCCUGGUCCACCUGGCACUUCUGCAGCGGCUCCCUGCCCUCCAUCGACAGCUGCUUCUAAGCUCCUCCAUCCCGACUUUAAAUAAAGCCUCCUACUAAGAAUAA